UGGCUGGCCAUGAGGAGGAACACAACCUGAAAUACAAUGGAAGUGGAACAACCUGUUAAACUCUAGACAGGGCCCUGACUAGGUGGCUCUGUUGGUUGGAGUGUCAUCCUGUACACCCAAAGGUUAUGGGUUCGGUCCCUGGUCAGGGCACAUGCCGGGGUUGCAGUUUCCAUCCCUGGUUGGGUGUUCUCAGAGUCGGCGCUGGAGAUGGGCUUUUGAUGGUGGAGAGAGGAUACUGAGUCCAUCAGGGAAUUCUGCAGCUGUAGGAGGGUACCAGUACGUGAAGGCUUCUGGCUCCAGGGAGCAGCACCAGGGCCAGGGCGACAAUGGUCUCAGUGACUAUGGCCACUUCCGAGUGGAUCCAGUUCUUUAAGGAAGCCGGCAUUCCUCCGGGGCCUGCUGUCAACUACGCUGUGAUGUUCGUGGAUAAUAGGAUCCAGAAGAGCAUGCUUCUGGAUCUGAACAAGGAAAUCAUGAAUGAGCUGGGCGUGACUGUGGUGGGGGACAUCAUCGCCAUCCUCAAGCACGCCAAGGUGGUGCACCGUCAGGACAUGUGCAAAGCUGCCACUGAGUCGGUGCCCUGCAGCCCGAGCCCCCUCCCAGGCGAGGUUCGCCGAGGCGCCUCCAGCGCCGCCUCCCGCAUGAUCGCCAACAGCCUGAACCGUGACUCCCCGCCUGGAACUCCCCCCAGGCGGCCAGACACGAGCACCUCCAAGAUCUCCGUCACUGUGUCCAACAAGAUGGCAGCGAAGAGCGCCAAGGCCGCAGCUGCCCUGGCCCACCGGGAGGAGGAGGGCCUGACUGUUCCUGCCAAGAGACGCAGGGUGACUGCCGAGAUGGAGGGGAAGUACAUCGUCAACAUGCCCAAGGGCACCACCCCCCGGACCCGCAAGAUCCUCGAGCAGCAACAGGCGGCGAAAGGUGUCCACAGGACGUCCGUGUUUGACCGCCUCGGCGCCGAGACCAAGGCAGACACGACGAUGGGAAAUAAACCCACGGGAGUCUUCAGCCGCCUGGGGGCCACGCCCGAGGUGGAUGAGGAUCUGGCCUGGGACAGCGACAAUGAGAGCAGCAGCUCUGUCCUGCAGUAUGCCGGGGUCCUGAAGAAGCUCGGCCGGGGUCCAGCCAAGACCAGCCUCCAGCCAGCACUGACUGUCAAGGCCAAGGCCACAAGCUCCGCGACCACGGCCAACACCCCGACCCUGCGGCGCCUGGCCCUUUCCUCCCGCUCAGGGCUCGAGAGGAAGCCAGAGUCUCUGUCCAAAGUCAGCAUCAUCCAGAGACUGGGCAAGACUGCCCUCGUGCCCGAGGCCCAGGACAGCCAGGUCACGAGCACCAAGAGUAAGUCCACAGCCAAGGUCAAGGUCACCAUUAAGAGGACUCUAGGGCCCAGGGGGAACAGCUCCAGCGAGGGCCUUGGUGCCCAGAUGGACCACGCGGGCUCUGUGAGUGUGUUCAAAAGACUGGGCCGCAGGACCUUCUAGCCCACAGGUGGGGCGCAGGCCCCUUUCCAGGCUCCUGGUUCCGUCCGUCUUCAGCGAGGGCACGAGCCCCGCUUCUGGAUGACACUGCUGGCCUCUCAGGCAUUCGGGCUGGGUCCCAGCUUUGCGGGGACGCACCUCAUGUUCCUGAGUCUGAGGUGGUCGUCGUGGCCCGGCCUUGCCACCCUGGGGCUGUCCCUUCUCUCAUGUGCUCUGUUCUGUCCUCUCUGACUGUGGCCUUGGUGGGGCCUGUUUUUCUACCUCCCCCAGUGCCAAGUGCCCCUUUGCUCUGCCGCGUCCCCUCCCCUCCCUGUCAGCAGCGUCCACUGCCUCAAACCCCAGCUCCCUGGCCUUUCGGUCCCCAGAGUGGGCGUCACCUGCUGGGCCCCCCCACUCUGCUGCUUCCUGACUUCCCCCACUCCUCUGUCCCCCGGCUUUUACUGCUUUAACUUUCCUGUCUCCCUCCUGCACUCUGUUCAUUUCUCUUCUGUUUUCUGUCCCUGUGGCAAGGCCCGACUGUCCGCUGCAUCCUGCCUGGCCCUCCUGCUCCUCCGGCCUCCCAGCGGCCCCCUCGUCGACAGUGGCGCGGAGCCCGUAGAGAC